AUGGCCUACGAGAAUGAGGCGCUCGUCAUUGCCGCAAUUGCUGCGAGAACGAAAGAGGAGAUCGAGGAGACGCUUGACUGCGGUUUAGUGAAGGGACACGCCUAUGCGGUCACUGAUGUACGCUUUAUUGAGCUGAAUGCAAAAGAGAAAUCGAUCAGCUCAUUCCUCUUGGGCAGCAUGGAGAAACAGCGGAUGAUCCGUUUGCAGAAUCCGUGGGGAGAAAAGGAAUGGAAUGGACCGUGGAGUGACGGGAGUCCCGAAUGGGAACAGGUGACGGAUUCCACAAAGAAAUCCCUUGGCAUCACCGUUGAUGAGGAUGGAGAAUUCUGGAUGCCGUGGGAGUCUUUCACGCAAUAUUUCACCGACAUUUCCGUGUGUCAAUUGUUCAACACAUCCGUGUUUUCUUUAGCCAAGAGUUACGAUGAGAAGAUUUUCUUCGGCCAUUGGUCGUCGAAUGGUGCUCGUAGUGGUGCACCCGGUGAUCUCGCCGGGGGAUGUCUCAAUUUUCCCGCUUCUUUUUGCUCGAAUCCACAGUACGUCUUUGAUGUGAAUGAUGAGAAAAACGAGGUGAUGUUCGCGUUAACGCAACGAGAAGUUGGUGAAGGGAAAAAGAGAAGGGAACCAUUUGUUUGUAUUGGAAUGCAUAUUAUGAGAGUCGAAAGGAAUCGAGUCACAAGGGUGCAUCAGCCAACCGAACCAGUGGAAGCGUCCGACUAUGCGAAUGCUCGAUCGGUGUUCCUCCAUUUAAUCGAUGUGCGGCCUGGCCGAUACAUCAUUUUACCCACCACCUACGCUCCACGAGAACAAGCGACUUAUAUGUUAAGGGCCUACUCCUCUGAAAAAUUGCACAUGAAAGAGUUGAAGCGACAAGCGCCGUCAGUCGGUUGGUGCUGGCAAUCGGCGAGUCAUGUCACGAGGGUGCAUAUCGUUGAUGCGAGUCUUCCAGGGACUUCAGGCGAUUUCUAUUGUAUGCUCGAUGACGGGAAAAGUCAGCUGAGAACGCGAACGAUGCGCGAAUCGACCUCACCCAAAUGGGAUGAACAAUUCCUAUUUUUCAAGAGAUCUGCUCGGCAAAAGUACGCGGUCGAGGUGUGGGAGGACAGGAAAAUCGGGAGGGAUCGAUUAGUGGGAAGAGUCGAUAUUAUAGCACUGACAGAUAAUGACAGCCGAGAAGAGGUGAAAGAGUUCGGCGAGGGGAAAAUCCGAGUGAAAAUCGCCGCCUACGACGAUCCGCUCUAUCUG